UGUUAUGAUCUUAACGAAUGCAGUAAUAAUGUUUUUAGUAUAAUGGUGCCAGAAUUCAGCGCCAAACCAUUUCCGGUUUCGUGUGAUUUAAAAACCCUUAAUGGCGGUUGGACCAUCAUACAGAGACGUCAAGAUGGUUCGGAAAAUUUUUACAGAAAUUGGACCGAUUAUGUUGAAGGUUUUGGAGAUUUGAAUGGUGAAUUUUUCAUAGGCUUAGAAAAACUUUAUGCUCUUACCUCAUUGGAUGAGCCACAAGAAUUGUAUAUCACUUUCGAAGACUUUGAAGGAGCAAAGAGAUAUGCUAAAUACAAUGAAUUUAAAGUGGGUUCUAAUAGCACUGACUAUAAGUUAAUCGUGGGUCAAUACUCCGGAGAUGCCGAUGAUUGUUUCAGUCAACAUAGUGGCCACAAAUUUUCUACCAAUGAUCGUGAUAAUGAUAUUCAUUCUACUAGACACUGUGCCGAAUACUGGAAGGGUGCUUGGUGGUAUACAAAUUGUUUUUAUAGCAAUUUAAAUGGUUUGUAUUUGUUUGGAAAAGUACAAUCAUCGAAACGGGGUGUUGCCUGGUGCGGCUUUCGGAAAACCGAAUACUCUCUUAGGUCUGUGCAAAUGAUGAUACGUCCAAAGAUAAACUAAACAGUUAUUGUUGUGUGAGCUCAUUUUAAUGUUAUAAAAUUGUUAAUAUUUUUCAACAAAUAAAUACUUAAAAAUCUAAUUAAAAA